AUGUCGGACAGAAAACGCAGUCCUCACUGGCAAAUGUCGGAAAAGAUGUUGCUUGUGGAUUUAGUGGCUGAACAUUUCAGUGUAGUAGAAAAUAAGCGUACCGAUGCUGUUACUAUGAAACAGAAAAAUGCGGAGUGGGUAAAAAUAUCGGAAGAAUUUAAUUCCCAAACCACUUUUGGAUAUAGGACUGCAGAAAACGUAAAAGCACAGUGGGAAAGUCUGAAAAAAUCCACCAAAAAAGAAUCGUCUGCUGAAAGGCAAAGCUUGUUUCAAACAGGUGGCGGACCCUCAAAGCCUAAGCUUGAGGACAACCCGCUAUACAGAAAAAUCUUUGCUUUGAUAUCUACGACGGUAGUUGGACUGGUAAAUGAAUAUGACAGUGAUAACAUGAGUAAUAAUCAUUUUAUCAAUGAAGAGAUUCCUAGCAACACAUUGGCUUCCACUAAAGUUCCAGAUGUAACAGACAUAUUUGUUGCUGCUCCUAUAUAUUCCAUGUCCAUGCCUCUGUCAAUGGAUAUAGAUACAAGCGGACAAAAUGAUGAUAAACCACAAGCAGAAACAGAUGAUUGGGGAGACUACACUCCAAAACUGCUGCAAACUCCAAAAUCUGCACCUCUACGGGCAGUGAGUAAGAGAGAAGAGGAUGUAGGGACUUCUCCUACUCAAAAUAAGGAGAAAAAUGUAGAUUAUUUUCAAGACCUGGAAAAGAAUCGUAAUGCUCAGCCAAGUGUAUCAAAACUUUUUUCGGUGGCUGCUAAGCAAGACGAUGACGGACUUCGAGCUUAA